GGGACGAACCGCCGCAGCCGCCCAGCCCAGCCCCGGCCGGCACUGUCCCGUCCGGCCCGGCCGGGAGCAUGGGGCUGAAGACCCAGACCGGCGGCAGGCGGAACCAAGUGUGUGGAUGCUCAGUUUUCACUCCCAGAUGUGGUCCAGCAUGUCCAUUUAAAGGACGCUUGCGUAAAAAGAGUAAUGCUUUCCGCAUUGGCCCCUCUCGACAUCUACCUGGCGAAUACCUGAUCAGAAAUCACAUGGUGUAUCAUUAUAAAAAAAUUAAUUCGGCCAAAGCAGCUGUAGACUCUUCAGCUCCCAAAAGUAGGUUGUCCAGCAUCAAACUUGCUGACCAGCAAAAAAGAGAGAAACUGAAAAAGAAGACGGGCAGGAGUGAAGAGAAGAAGAAUGUGUGUGAAUGUGUCUGUCAGUGCUGUUCAAGAGAUGGCAGAAGGCUGCCACCAUCCUUCUUUAAAAAGACUUUCACGGAUGUAGAAGACAGUCUCUGCCCCUAUUGUGGGCAGGCACAUUACCUAUCAGAAGGACCAUGUGCUCAUGGCAAGUAUUGCUUGGUUCACUCCUCUCCAGUAAAACACACCAGGAAAUGUUGUCAGCAUAGACCCAGAGCAUCUCACUCAAACUCAAGCAUCUGUGUGUCAAGGCCAACAGUUAAACACACUGGACUUCCACGCAGACACUCCACUGGGAGUGUAGUGAGUGUUGGUUGUUCCCAGAGGCGUCCAGAAGACAACCCCAAAGUGAGCUCUGGGAAUCCCACCGAGAGUUUUAUGACCAGUUGUUCCCAGAGGCAUCCAGGAAACGACACCAAAGCAAGCUCUGGGGAUCCCACCGAGAGUUUUAUGACCAGUUGUUCUCAGAGGCAUCCAGGAAACGACACCAAAGCGAGCUCUGGGGAUCCCACCCAGAGUUUUAUGACCAGUUGUUCUCAGAGGCGUCCAGGAAACGACACCAAAGCGAGCUCUGGGGAUCCCACCGAGAGUUUUAUGACCAGUUGUUCUCAGAGGCGUCCAGGAAACACCACCAAAGCGAGCUCUGGGGAUCCUACCGAGAGUUUUAUGACCAAUUGUUCCCAGAGGCAUCCAGGAAACAACACCAAAGAGAGCUGUGGGGAUCCCACUGAGAGUUUCAUGACUGGUUGUUCCCAGAGGCGUGCAGGAAACAACCCCAAAGCGAGCUGUGAGGAUCUCACCAAGAGUUUUAUGACCUCUUGUUCCCAGAGAUAUCUAGGAAACAACCCCAAAGCAAACUGUGGGGACCCCACUGAGAGUUUUGUGACCAGUUGCUCCCAGAGGUGUCCAGGCAACAACCCCAGAGUGAGCUGUGGGGAUCCUACUGAGAGAUGUAUGACCUGUUGUUCCCAGAGGUGUCCAGGAAACAACACCAGAGUGAGCUGUGGCGAUCCCACCGAGAGUUUUACGACCUGUUGUUGCCACAGGCAUCCAGGAAACAACCCCAAAGUGAGCUGUGGUGAUCCCACCAAGAGGUGUAUGACCUGUUGCUCCCAGAGGUGUCCAGGAAACAACCCCAGAGUGAGCUGUGGGGAUGCCACUGGGAGUUUUGUGUCUGGUUGCUCCCAGAGGUGUCCAGGAAAAAACCCCAGAGCGAGCUGUGGGGAGCCCACUGAGAGAUGUAUGACCUGUUGUUCCCAGAGGUGUCCAGGAAGCAGCCCCAAAGCGAGCUGUGGGGAUCUUCUAGAGAGGCACUCUGACUGCUUUACUAAGAGCAAACAUCCUUUUACUCCACGCACGUUAGUAUCAGAUGCUAAACCUUUCCUGUCAGGGUACAGAUAUUACAGUCCUCCUCGAAAGAUGAAGACAAACCACCGCAAGCACCGUGUGGAAGCUGAAACCCAGACUGAUAUGAGUUCUGUCUUCUUUCCAUCUGCAGACAAAGAGUAUGAGAGAAAAUGUAUGGCUGAGCAGUGGAAGAGGAGAUCAAAGGCUGAAGAUAAAAGAGAUACUUUGGAUGAGCCUGGGAGAGGAAUAGAUGGUUUUGAAUACCCCAACUUAAGAAAGACGUCACGGUGUCCUCACAAGUGUACAUCAAGGAGUGCUGCUGAUGCUGAAGAAGAGGAGCUUUUAUAUUUAUCUUUCAUUGAAGAUGUGACAAAUGAAAUUCUAAGACUUGGGUUAUUUUCUAACAGAGUUCUGGAUCAACUGUUUGAGAGCUAUAUAGAAGCAAAUAAACACCGCCUUGAUGAGGGCAGAAUGCGCCAGAUGCUGGAAGUGCUGAAGUCAGAUCUUGGCUGUGGCCAGGACAGCGAGACAGAGCUAAUCUAUGCAGGCCAGGAAGCCUUGGACCCACAGGAGUUGGAUAACACAGAAGACCUCGAGUUUACUAGUAAAGGUCACAGGCUGAGGAAAGCUCCAAAUAGUGAAGAAUUCGUUGACAGCUUGGACUUCCCACUAAAGGAACCAAACAAAUGUGAAUCACUGUCAUGGAGUGAAAGGUCAAGGGAAACACACAGCAGGGAGGAGUCUUCAGAAACUGUGGGUGCUGGGACAGAGUGUGAUUUCUGUGGUGUGGAAUUUGAAAAACACCCAGACUCUCCACCCAUCUGUGAGGCAGAUUUAAACUUGACUUCUUAUGACAGUGAUUUGGGCAUCAGUAAGGAGCUUGAUGAACUUGAGGAAAAGUUAGCAGAAACUCUUCGCCUUUCACGUAACUUUUCAUAACGGUAACCAAAAUUUACCUGAUAAAUGGGGAUAGAGCUCCUGUGGUGAACUGCCAUUUGUCAACCAGUAGUAAAUUGUUAUUUCUCUUUAAAUACUGCUAAGAUCUCUCUAGCAGGAUACCAUUAAUUAGGCAAGUAGACCUUAAAGGAUAAAGUGUCAGUUACCAGAAUAAUUUUGUUGAUUUUGCCUAUAAUUGUAUAACUCGAAACAAACUUGAGAAUAUUUAAAUGGAAUUUAUAUUUUUUAGAGCUGUAAUAAUAAGUUAAGAAAUAUUUAUUGUUUUAAAUAAAUUAAUUGAUAGUGCAAUUUAUAGUGGUCCUGCUAUAAAGAUCUGAGAUUUUGUAGUCUGAAAAAAUUCAACAACUUAACAUAAAUUUAGCAUCCAACAGAGUCCUCUUCCAGAGUGGACAAACAGUUGUACCAUGUAGUGUACUAUGUUACCACUCACAGAAGCCCACAAGAAGAAACUCUGACUUCUAACAGAUCUAUGUAGAUUAAUGACUGUAGUUUUUUAUUUUCAGUUCUUAAGUGAAUGAGACUGCUAAGGUUAAUUUCUUGCACAGCUGAUAGCCAUGGCAUAGCAUUACUGUGUGAUGACUAGGACUAUCUAGAAGAAGACACAUCAGGCACCUUGUAAGCAAAUGGAAAAGAGGUGGUGUAUUUUCUGGUUAAAGUUUAAAUUGAAGUCAGUACAUGCAUUGCAUGAAAUCAACCAAAAUGCGAUUGUAUAAUCAGAGUACAGCUAUUGCCUGACAUUCCUGUUGCUGCAGAAUGAGUUCAUCAGGUUCUGAGGAAAUGGUGGCAAGCUACAUUGUAUAGAUGAGGACCUAGGAGAAGUCUUAGGAACUAGGAUAAAGCCUGUCCCCUAAUAUCUCCUAGGGUCCUGCAAGGACAGGCCCAGGUUGUACCAAUUCUUACGUAACAACUGCCCCCACCUGCCUCCCCUGUGCCUCACGAGCAUGGACCUAAGUCUGUGACUCUGUCAGCCACAUGACACGUUGCAGCUUCAGGUAGCUCCUGUAGACACAGACCACUGCUUCACUUGUGAAGGAUAAAUUUUAGACAAAAAAGAAAUGUCAAAAAACAGCUAGAGGAAGCCAGUCAGAGAAAAACUUGUCUGGCACAAUCACAGCACUGCAGUGCAGAACACAAUUCCCAAAGAAACAAAAGGCACUUUGCUGGGUGCCUUGUCCACAAUAAUAAAUUGCACUUAAAUGACAGGAGACCAGAGUUUAUUUUAAAACAUGUACUUGUGGCUGGGCAGAUGGGCACCAGCCUUUCAUCUGCCACACUCAAUUGGCUGCCUUGUAAAUCUGGCCUGCAGCAUGGGUGCUCUGGCUCACUGAAAAGCAGGUGAGAAAAUGUGAGGACUUCUUUAUCCCCCCAUCAGAGCCUGUCUUGUUGAAAAGAUGUGGCCACAGGGCUGAGUCAGUACAGUGCAGGGAGGGUUUGUCCUCAAUCACAGGCGAUCACAGACCUUCUCCCAUCCUCAAGGAAAGUCCUCUAUUCCUUACCCGAGAGAGCUGAACAGAAGGGAUGUCCUAGGAAACUGUUGUUUCGACUUUACAAAGAAUUCUGACACAAAGGACUGAUUGGAAAACAAAAAAACAUGGUUAGAUCUAUCCAAGUAUGAAGCCUCUUUGCUUCUCAGAUAGGACUUCCCUUUUGGGGUCCUCCAUUCCAAGUUGUCCCUUCGUGGUCAGUGAUGGGAAUUUCAGGAUUUUUUUCCAUACCUAUUUUAACUCUUGUGACUUGUACAUCAUAAAAAAUGUCACUCAGUGAACUUUGGCUUCUUGUCAACAUGAGUGUGAUUAAAGAUUAAUAAGAAUUUCACCUUCAGAUUCUGUAAAUGAAAAAAUACUGUAAGAAAACACCACAGUAGUGAACCUCACAGAAGGGCACAAGUAAUGACAUACUCAUUUCCUGUAAUACAUGUAACACAAAAAUAAAUAAAAACAGCUCCUUGACCCUG